AUCAAUAGUCAAAUGAACGCCUUUUUUAAAGUUGACAUUGUCAUCAAGAUAAACAGAAAAUAACCUAAAAGGCAAAAAUACAUUUGCCUUUAAUUACCGAAAAGUAAAGUUAUACAAGCGACUUAUUCCCUGCAGAGAUGGCCGAAGAUGACGGUGAAAUCGAAUUUCUAGAUGAGGAUGCGGAUAUUGUUCAACAAUGUGUUCAUACCGAUGAAGACCCGCCGCCUCUAGAAGCUCCUAUCCCAUUUCUUGUUGAACGAAGUCCCGUUGAAAAGCCAAGAAAAAAGCGAAAAACUGAAGAAGAUUCUGAUUACGAACCUUCAAAGGAUGCAUCAUCGAAACCUAAGAAACGUAAAACUCCUAAAAUACCUCGAUCAUCAAUUAAAUCUCAAAAGUACGAAUAUUUCGCUCAAUCUGCACCAAUUAAAUAUAAAGUCAAGGAAUAUGGACCUAAAAAAAUGAAAAAAUUACAAAUGAAGAGAGAAAAUAUACCUAGAACACAAUUAGAUAUUCGUAUUCCUGAUUAUGAUGAUCCUUUAUGUAUGCCAGUACGUGCAGUAAAGAAGGAUGGAAGUGACACAACAAAGUUGAAGAUUUGGAACAAUUUGUGCUUGGAACAUUUUAAGAAAAGCGAUACAGUGCUACGACCUGAUAGUGGUGAGACGGUGUCAUCUAAAAGAACUGUGCUACUCAAAAAUGUGUUCAAUAAGUUUACAGGUAGACAAGAAACAAGCAUGUGGACAAAGACAAUGGCCACGAACACUAAUGGAGUCAGUAAGUCUGAUGUAGUUCAAUCGGUGUUACCGAAGUUCAGAGAGAAGAAAGUAUUGAACUAUAAACUUAUUGAUACAAAGAGACGGAAGUCUUACCGUCAUGUGGACGAAGUUAUUAUAACUAAAGAAGUUCAGAAAGAUGGAGAGCAGUUGAUUGUUUAUAAACCAAGAGAAACUAUCUCUUUGGUUUAUAAAAUGUUUGAAAAGACUGAGAAUUCUGAGGGUGGCAAGGAAGAAGACGAGGAGCAGAAGAAAUACAUGAAGGAAGUGGCAAGCUGCAGGGUGUGCGCUCCUUGCUUCCAGUUGUCCUGGCGAGGCUCCCGGAAGGAGGAUAAAAAGAUAAGAUGUGAGAUCUGCUCUACGGUGUGUGCCAACGUGCAGCGUCUGCUGGCACACCUCAAGUCUCACUCCGCACACGACGUCAACAAGUACAAGAGGCUUGUCUCCAGAGCUCUGGCCAAGGUGGUGGGGUACCAGUACACCUGCCGCAUCUGCCAGCACCAGUUCCCCGCCAUCACCGAGCUGCGCAGACAUCUGCUCAAACAUACAGGUACGGAGACAUUUAUCUGUGAAGUUGGCGGACAUCUUGCUACAUAAUUAUUACAUAUAUAAUAAAUAUAUUUUAACUCUCA